CCGUGGCUAUCUGAUACUACCGAAAUUGAACUAACGAACAAACAUGUAUAAAGUAGACCAAAAGCGAAAUGAUGCAGACUGAUUCCGACUAACAUCAUCACAUCAUUCAUCUAUCACCGAACUGAAGCUGAAAAAAAAGAAGAAAUUCCGUUACUUUUGAAAACGAUGACAUUGGGUUUGAUCAAUGCCAAUCCCGUGGUUCACGCCAAAAAAGAGAGAAUCGCUCGUUCCGAAGAUCCUCCUCACACCGAUGAUUCCGUUGAUCCUCUCGAUAUUUAUGAUUUCGUGAGGGAUAUUAGGGAUCCUGAACAUCCUUAUUCUUUGGAGCAGCUCAAUGUUCUAUCUGAAGAAUCAAUUUCUGUUGAUGACAAAUUGGGGAGGAUUCUGAUAACUUUUACGCCAACUGUUCCACACUGUAGCAUGGUUACUGUGAUUGGCCUUUGUCUCAGAGUUAAGCUCAAGCACUACUUCCCUCCUCAUUUCAAAGUGGACAUCAAAGUGUCUCAAGGAUCUCAUGCCAAUGAAGAAUCAGUCAAUAAGCAAUUAAAUGAUAAAGAAAGAAUUGCUGCCGCUUUAGAGAAUCCAAACCUACGCCAGCUUGUGGAUGAGUGUCUCUACUCCAAUGAACUGUGAACAAAUAACUAUUGUGAAGAUAUUAGCGGCAGAUGAGUGCAAUAAAAAGUAUUAUUAUGUCUUUAGUUCUUUGGGUUUUCCCUCUUCUUCCCAACCAACCCAGCUCCAUGUUCAGCUUGUGGUAUCUAUGUAUGUAAAUUAAGCUAGAAAUCAUUAUGUCAUAUGUUUUGUAUCUGUAACUAUAGAUAUGCACCUGUAUGUAUAGCAGUGUGUGGGUUAACCAAGCCCUCAUACUCAAAGUUCAUGUUAAGCUGUUAAAUUUUAGGUGAAAA